AUUCUGUCUUUUUUUCGAUCUGAAGACUGCGUCAACACUUCAGAUAGCCCAGAAAUACAUUUUACUCUGCUUUUCUCACAAAAUUUGGAGUAAUUACCUUCUGCCAAACAGCAAUUAAAAAAUUCAUUUCAUUUUCAAGAACUCUACCUAACAACCCAAAAUGGAUAAGUUUCGUAUGAUGUUCCAGUUUCUUCAGUCCAACCAAGAGUCAUUUAUGCAUGGUGUUUGUGGGCUUAUGGCCUUGGCUAGUGCUCAACUCUAUUCUGCAUUUGAGUUUAAUUGCCCCUGCAUGCCUGAGUACAACUACUCCUACGGAAUUGGUGUAUUGGUCGUCCCAGCUCUUUGGUUCUUUCUCCUUGGAUUUGUCCUGAACAAUAACGUGUCUAUGCUUUCCGAGGAAUGGAAACGACCAGUGGGUCACAGAGGCAAGGAUCCUACAAUUUUGCGCUACAUGUUUAUUUCCGUAUCCCAGCGUUCACUGAUUGCUCCUGCAGUUUGGAUUACCGUCACAUUAAUGGACGGGAAAAGCUUCCUCUGUGCAUUUAGUAUGGAUUUGGAUAUUUCUGAAUUUGUGAUUGGAAAUUUUACUGGAUAUAACAUGUCAGAGGAGGAGAUGAUAACGUUGCUUGCCAAAAUCCCUUGCAAGCACAUAUUUGAUGGACAACAUAUUUUAUCUAGCGAAUCAGCCACCAGGUAUAUACGCUGUGUGUCACAGGCAUUUGGCUGGCUCUUCCUGUUGAUCCUGACAUUAAUUGCAUUCACUGUCCGUGCCAUUCGUCCCUGCUUCAGCCAAGCGGUGUUCCUCAAAACCAAAUACUGGUCGCACUAUGUUGACGUGGAGCGGAAGAUGUUUGACGAGAUGUGCGCCGAACAUGCCAAGAGUUUUGCCAAAGUCUGCAUCCAUCAGUACUUCGAGAGCGUCAGCGGAGACAUGCAGAGUUUACACAACCAAAACAGGAAUGACAGUAAAGAAGCCGAUGAUGAAAAUCCCAAAGAGGAUGAUAAACUUCUAGGCAUUCAUGCCCUGGAGGACAUGAAUAAAGUUUUGUGGAACUGGCACACAUCUAAGCCUCCGUUAACUCUGAGAAAGAAUGGAGCCAGCGAUGAUGCAAACAAGAAAGCAAACGAAAGCCGAGACGGGGUGAAAACUGGCUAUGACAAUGCUUCAUUUAGCACAGAUCAGAAAGCCUAUGAGGAUGGAUACGUCACAUCGAAGAAGGGAAAUAGCUACAUGAACGUUGACGGUCCCAUGAACCAGCACACCUGGACUGCACAUGAUCAUGCCUCUGGCAUUAAAAAGAAAGAAUGGGCUGUGUAUUACAGUAAGGUCUGAAGAUCUUAGCGAUGGAGAUGUUACUAAAUGACCUCUGUAUUUUGUAGCAUGCCAAGUCAAGUUUUAUUUAAAUCAAAUCAGUUUUAGACCUAACAUUCUGAAGAAUGUCUGGGUAAUAACUGACCUGGUUUGCCUUCUGAUUCCUUUGACUACAGCUUACAAUUAUACGCUUUUUAAACCAGGAACUGACUAUCUAUUGUAUGGGAAUGUGUGCAUUAUGGGGUGGUGUCCAGUAAAUGCUCAACAGAGCGCUUUCAUCUUUUCGAACAUUGUGUAAAGCAGCUGGCAAUUCCUGAACAAAUGCCAACAAAGCAUCUCAAUAUCUUGGACAUAGAAAAAUGUCUCACUGAUCACUGACCCUCACCACCUCUUGCAAAUCAGGCUUGAGAGACAAUCAUGCAGCUUUGCAUACUGAUGAAGAAACAAAAUCAACAUUUGCAUCUGUUUAUCAACUUUUUUUUAUGUUCCUUUAUUUAUAUUAUAUUUAAAAUGUAUAUCAGAUUGUAGGUGUUUUUUUUGUGUUCCUAAUGGACAGUAAGCAUAUCACUACAUUGCACAAACCCAGAAUAUAUGAUUAUAUUAGGUGUAACGGUAGACGUAAUUGUACGUUUUGGGGCUUUCGGUACAGUGCACAUGUGCACACUCUUUUUACUUGCAGAACAAAAUCUGAUUUAUCUCACAAACAUAUUAAGUGGAGGACUGCAAGUUUUGUCCCUUCGCACUUUGAGCGCUGUGUCACUGUGGCCAUUCGAUCCAUUCCCGGAAAAACUAUUUUGUUUUGCGCUUGCAUGAAAUUCACUUUCUGCCAUCGUCAACGUCUAGCGAUAUGAAUUAUUUUGAUUUUUAUGUACACCUUCAAAAAUUUAGCUUCAAAAAUGAAAAUCCUGACAAUUCCACAUAUCAAGGGAGUGAAUGAAUUAAAGAAGGAAGGA